UUGUCUUUUGGAAGUGACAGAUUAGAUGUGACGUGUUUUUCGCUGCUGAUUUUGCCAAAUAAUUUUUCUGUAGUUGAAAUUUUAUACAAAUUACCCACCCAGAAUAGUUAGUUCUUUCUAAAUUGUGAAGAAAGCGUGCUAAUUAAUCACAAUGGCACAGAUGACAAUGAUUGCCCGGGUAAUCGACGGGCUACCACUCGUCGGAACCAUGCAGGAAGAUGAGCAGUCUGGCCGAAGUGUUCUCGAGUACCAGAAUCAGGCAAAAAUGCUAUUCAGAAAGUUAGGUCCACACUCCCCAUCGCGAUGCACCAUUGAGACAGGACCCUAUUUAUUCCACUAUUUGAUAGAAAAUGAGGUCUGCUACUUGGUCCUUUGUGAUAAGAUGUAUUCAAAGCGCCUAGCCUUCAACUAUUUAGAAGACAUUGCGCAGGAAUUUCACAAGAAUUACGGGAGGAAGGUGAACUCCGUGACGAGACCGUAUGCCUUCAUUGAGUUCGAUGUUUACAUCCAGAAAGCAAAGAAAUCCCUCACCGAUCGUCGCAGAAAUAUCAAUACAAUUAACACACAACUGCAGGAUGUCCAGAGAAUUAUGGUUCAGAACAUUGAUGAUGUCCUCCAGCGGGGUACUGUGCUCUCUGAGCUGGAUACCAAGACACAAAAUCUGUCGAUGCUGUCGCAGAAAUACAAAAAAGACGCCACGUAUCUCAAUCGGAAGUCAAUGUACGUGAAGGCUGUGUGUGGACUUGUUGUUGUUAUCUUCCUCAUCUCCUACUUUUGGGUUUUCUAACGCCAUCACACUUAUUCGCGGAUUGUAUUUAUCAUCCCACAUCAUCAGCAUUAAAUGUAUGUUCCCGGGGGAAAAUUAAGCGCAAUUGUGGAGGGUUUUCUAAGCGAGGUAAAUGAAAAUAUAUUGAGAAACAUUUCAA